CCCCCCCCCCCCCCCACCCGGGGAGCGGGAACAGGGGAGCUCAGGAGCAGCGGAGCACGGGCCGCUAGAAUAGACGAGCUCGGGAACACGGUGCACCAGAGCAGGCGAGCUCGGGAGGAGCAGAGCACGGUGCACAAGAGAAGGGGAGCUCGGGGGCAGGGCACUUCGGGGCAGCAGCAGUGCGCGGGAGCAACAGCACGGCGCACGGGAGUACGGGAGCGGGGGAGCACGGUGCGCCAGGGCAGAAGAGCACGGGCCGCGAGAACGGGGGGAGUCGGGAGCAGCAGAGCACGGUGCACCACAGUGGGGGAGCUCAGGAGCACGGUGCACAGGAUCAGGGGCGCUCAGGAGCGGCGGAGCACGGUGCAGAAGAUCGAGGGAGCCGGGGAGCACGGUGCAGAAGAACAGGGGAGCUCAGGAGCACGGUGCACAGGAUCAGGGGAGCUCAGGAGCGGCGGAGCACGGUGCUGAAGAUCAGGGGAGCACGGUGCAGAAGAACAGGGGAGCUCAGGAGCACGGUGCACUAGAGCAGGGGAGCUCAGGAGCGGCGGAGCACGGUGCAGAAGAUCGAGGGAGCAGGGGAGCACGGUGCAGAAGAACAGGGGAGCUCAGGAGCACGGUGCACAGGAUCAGGGGAGCUCAGGAGCGGCGGAGCACGGUGCUGAAGAUCAGGGGAGCACGGUGCAGAAGAACAGGGGAGCUCAGGAGCACGGUGCACUAGAGCAGGGGAGCUCAGGAGCGGCGGAGCACGGUGCAGAAGAUCGAGGGAGCAGGGGAGCACGGUGCAGAAGAACAGGGGAGCUCAGGAGCACGGUGCACAGGAUCAGGGGAGCUCAGGAGCGGCGGAGCACGGUGCAGAAGAUCGAGGGAGCAGGGGAGCUCAGGAGCAGGGGAGCACGGUGCAGAAGAUCGAGGGAGCAGGGGAGCACGGUGCAGAAGAGCAGGGGAACCGGGGAGGGCGGGGCGUGUUUUGGAGGAUGACCGCCUACCGGGGCUUCUUGCUGUGCAGCUGCCGGUGCGUGUCGGGGGGCCUGGCGGCGCUGGGGGCGGGCGGGGCCCGGGCGGGGGCCGGGGGGGGCCGGCGGCACCUGGGGCGGCAGGGGGUGGAAGUGGAGGGGUCGGGGGUCGGCGGGUUCCGCCCUUCGCGGGUGGUGGUGGUGGCCAAGACGACCCGCUACGAGUUCGAGCAGCAGCGCUACCGCUACGCCGAGCUGUCGGAGGACGAUCUCAAGCAGCUGCUUGCGUUGAAAGGAUCCAGCUAUAGUGGACUGCUGGAACGACAUCAUAUUCAUACUAAAAACGUGGAGCAUAUUCUAGAUAGUUUACGGAAUGAGGGAAUUGAGGUGCGUCUAGUGAAAAGAAGAGAAUAUGAUGAAGAAACUGUUCGAUGGGCAGAUGCCGUGAUAGCUGCAGGAGGUGAUGGAACAAUGCUGCUGGCAGCCAGUAAAGUUUUGGACAGACUUAAGCCAGUUAUUGGAGUAAAUACCGAUCCAGAACGAUCCGAGGGUCAUUUGUGUUUGCCAGUGCGAUAUACACACUCCUUUCCAGAAGCCCUAAAGAGGCUCACGCAUGGUGAGUUCAGGUGGCUUUGGAGGCAGCGAAUCAGGUUGUACCUUGAAGGGACUGGCAUAAACACAGUCCCUGUAGAUCUACAUGAACAGCAGCUAAGCCUGGAUCAACACAGCAGAGCCCUGAACAAUGCAAGAAUCCAGGAUAAAACAAAAAUGGAAGACUUGAAGACAGGGUCAUCAUCAGAGUCUGAGAUUUCGGGGCCACAGCUUUUGCCAGUGCGAGCAUUAAAUGAAGUCUUCAUUGGGGAGAGUCUGUCAUCCAGGGUGAACUAUAAAUCCUGCAAACCCAGUUUUACAUUCUCACUUCAUAGGGCCUCCUACUAUGAGAUCUCCAUUGAUGACGGUCCCUGGGAAAAGCAGAAGAGUUCAGGACUCAAUUUAUGUACUGGGACAGGAUCAAAAGCUUGGUCAUAUAAUAUCAACAGGGUAGCCACCCAGGCUGUGGAAGAUGUUCUGACUAUUGCUCAGCGCCAAGGGAAUUUGAAUAUUCCUCUGAGCAGGGAGCUAAUAGAGAAAGUAACAAAUGAGUACAAUGACUCUCUACUCUAUAGUCCGGAAGAGCCAAAGAUGCUUUUCAGCAUUCGAGAACCUAUCGCAAAUCGUGUUUUCUCAAGUAGCCGUCAGCGUUGUUUCUCAUCAAAGGUUUGUGUACGGUCUCGUUGUUGGGAUGCCUGUAUGGUUAUUGAUGGAGGAACUUCUUUUGAAUUUAAUGAUGGAGCAAUUGUUUCGAUAAUGAUUAAUAGAGAAGAUGAACUACGAACUGUGCUGUUUGAACAGUGAAGGACUUAUUCCGCUCACACUAAGAAAUGCUGAGCCCCACAGGAAAAGAUAUUUGCUGCAGAAACGGGCCGCGGGAUUUUGGUCUUGAGGUUAUUUUCUGGGGAAAAUAAAACACUUCUGUUUUCCAAUUGUGGCAAAGAAUUUUGAAGAAAGAUAGGUCAUUAUCCAAGAAAAUGUGGAUUACAGUGAGCUAGAAACUUGGAAAUUUUGGAAUUAGUGUCAGUGAAGUGACUUUUUCGCCUAUACAACAUAGUCACAAUACCUUCUUUAUAUUUAGGAAGGUAGACUCAAAUGGCAAAAAGUUUAGGAUUGAAGAAUUAACCAUACAGAGUGUUCUUCUCUCCACCCCCUCUGCCCCAGCAUUCUUUGAUUAAACUACACACACUUAUCCAUCAUGCAUAUUAUUUUCGAAUAAGCAAUGGCCAAGAUCUGUUACUUUGGUGAUGGGAUUUGGGAAUUUUGUUACAACCCCAACCCACCAUUUGAUUAAUUGAUAAAUGGGAUCUUUUUAUUCAUCCUGAGAAUUGUACAAUUUCUAUGUACAUUGUACAGAGCAUGGUGAUGAAUAAGCCAUUUUUUCUCUUUAGCUCUUCAUGACAUUGAAACUCUCAUUCCUUUUUCUAAUCCCUACCCCACCCUCCGUCCCCUCCCCCCCAAAAAAUCCUUAUUUUGGGCAAGGCAUCUCUUUUCUGGCAGUCCUUGUCUGUUGUUGGGAGGAAUACUUUGAUUUAAGCUAUGUCUAUAAUCAGGUUGUUUGGCACAUUUUUGGUCAAAAAUGAGUAUGUGAAAAUCUGUAUGCUAGCAUUGAUGCUUAAUUGCUCCAGAACUUUAGUUGGUCAAGGAAAAUGUUAUAUUUUAACCUGGGUAAUGUUUUUUGGGUUUUUUUUCAGAAAUUAAAUGUUUUAAAAGUUAACUGCAAAUUAGACUAUUUUUUUCAGGUUUUGGUGAAGGCUUUUUCAAUCUAGGGUUUAUCAAGUCGAAGAAGACUUGAGAAAUAAACCAGGCAUAUCCCAUCUUCUUAUAACAAUAUACGAUUCAAGACUUUACCUAAAUUUUGGCAGUAUUUCCACAGCAGUUAGUGGUAAGGACUUUUUAUGUCUUUGACUCCUUUUCUUCCCCUGUCCUGAGCUGCAGGAAAAUCUAAAAAUAAAACUACAAGAGAACUAAUUCUAAAUUCACAAGGCAAUAAUUUCUGUAAUUUACCCCCAAGUGUAAUUUUUUCCACCAAAUUUCCAUUUCAGCCAUUUUUUUUUUAAGGAAUGUUUAACUUCAGUUGUGAUACUUAACAGAAUAAGGGGACUAAAUAUGUUGUGAGAUGCUUUGCAUUUUAUCUUUUGUAUGCCAUUGGAGCUUUGAGAAUUGGCCUUUUUGUUUUUUUUUUAAGAAAGGUGUCUAACUGCAAAAGUGUGAUUUGUUGAAACCAUGUGUGUCUUCAAAUGGUGGUUAGCACUAUAGUUGUGCCAAUUUUGGAUUUGCUUAAAAUGAUCAAUUGCAGGAAUAUAUUUCAGUUUCUGCUAUGCAGACAGCCUCUUUUUAAUGUGUCUUAAUUCCACUUUGUAAAACGUCUUCCCAAUUCUUCAUAUAUUUUUGAGAUACCCUCUUGAUGGAGAAUCCUCCAAAUCUACUUUUAGAAUCUCAAAAAUUUCUGAACUGCUAAGGACAGGAUGGACUAAUUGUUAUGCCAAAUCUUUAAAAUACACUGGGGCUGUGUCUUCAAAAAUGUAUAACAAACCAUAUCAAAAAGGUGUUUUAAAAGGUUAAACAUUUCAACUCAGGUGUUUGUUUUGGAGAAAAGUGGUCAGGAUAAGUAAACAUACGGUUUUUCA